AUGACACCUCGUACCGGCAGUCUGAAGGCCCUACAAAACCGGAAAGCGCUUGAAACCACACUGCGUCUUGUAAAAAAUUUGAACUUCAAUUGCUUUGGAAUCGGCUGUUCCAAUAAGAUGACCGGUGACUUCACGUGCGCCACUUGUGGCAAGGAAGGAGGCUUUCGAGACAAAUAUCCUACUGUCAACUGUGCACCGUGGAGAAAAUCUACUUCUCUAUGCAUUCCUUGUGUCAAAUUGAAAAACGUGGAAGAUCAAAUCACCCCAACUCACGCUUUUCUUAGGCAUCUGGAAGCACACCGUGCUGCCUUAAAGCCCGAGGUCAACGCAUCCCACGACCCCUUUUCAAGCCUUCUCCCUACCGAGCUCGCUUCACGGAUCCUUACUCUGUGCAUAGGUCGCCCCAGCCAGAUUCCUGGCCCGAAUUUGGCCCCAUUGAAAGUAGCUGCCGUUUCCAGACGUUGGAGAGCUGUUGCGUGUUCAACUGCGUCCUUGUGGACGUUCAUUUGCCUUCGCCCUGAUACGAUUACCGACCGGUAUUCGUACGAAAUUUUCUUGAAACGGUGGCUUUCGCGCAUCAAUAAUUAUGUUAAGCUCUGCGAGUCUAUCAUCGAGACUCUGAAUGAACACUCCUCUCGAUGGGCUAGCCUUUCCUUGAAGGUACCCCUUCAUCUAGUACGUCUCUUCAAGGGGGGACCGACAGCACUCCACCAUCUUGAGAAGCUUUCGAUCUGUCCUCCCGCCCAUCUCGACAACAAUCGCGAUGCCAAUCGUCUUGACCUCGGGUCCCCACUUCCCUCCCUCAAAAACGUGUCGGUUUCCGGCUUCAGACUUCGAAAUAUAUUUGUCAACUGGAGGAACGUCACCACCGUAUCUAUCUCACGCAUGCAGAUAAAUGAGUGCCUUGAGCUCCUCAAGAGCACCCAACAUCUCCGCGAAUGCACAUUGGAGAAUAUCAGCGAAUCCGACCCUGGCGCUGAGGAUCCCGAGUCACCCAUCGUCAUGGAGCAUCUUGCAAAGAUGGACGUCAACAUCACUGCCCACUUCACAUUCCCCUUCUUCGAUUAUCUCAUCCUCCCAUCACUGAAUUCGUUGAUUUACUGUGGUCGAGAACAGCCACUAGAUCCGCUUACUUCCCUCAUCCUCCGCUCUUCGUGCCCUAUCAGAGCUCUAAGCGUCGGCGAACCCCAAUGUUAUGGGCAUGAGCUCGAUCUUUACGACCUCCUCUGGUCCGUACCCACUGUUGAAGAGCUAGGACUCCAUGAUAUCUACCUCUCUGAUGGCUUCUUCGAGUUGCUUGCACGACCCAUCACCGACAGGGAAGGGUCCGAAGAACCAAACUUCCUUCCGUUGCUUGCAAAGUUUUAUGUUAAUCCUCCAAGUGAUCCAACAGGGUUUUCGUGGACCGCCGUUCAGAGGGCCCUCGAAGAGAGGAUCUUAAGCAAAAUAGCAGAAGGCAAGCAACCCUUGCUAAGGCAAGUCCACUUCGAAAUGUAUGUCGAGACAGACGAAGAUGGAUAUCAUAUCGACGUCGCCGCCCUCGAGACUUUCCAGCGUAUUGUCGACAGCGAUGUCAAAUUUGGCAUUUCCAACGCAUAUGGCUUGCAUGAGUCAACCGAUGUGAUUUCGUAUUCGAGGGCAUAUCAUGAAGCGAAGCCUCUGUCCAACGACACGUAG